UUUUUUUUUUUUUAUUUAAAUUUUCAAGUUUGUUAAUAAGUUCCUUAGUUCGGCAAUUCUUAUUAGCUAUUUUUAGUAUUCGUUUUAAUAAAUCUCGGAAAUAUUUAUAUAAUUUUAGUUUAGUUGGCAAGCAUUUUAGAAACUAGAAAACUUUUUUCUUUGUUAGUAAUAUAAAAAAAAAAUUCACCUCCUUUAAAAUUUGAAUUUAAGGUGAUUGAACUAGGAACUAGGAUUAAACGCAAAAAAAAAGAAAAAAUACGAAUAUCCUGAAGAACAAGUCGAAUUAAAAUAUUACAUUAUCAUUAUGGUAAACGCUCAGGAAUGGUUUGAUGGAAAAUACUCAACUGCUGAAUCCAAAAGAGCAGUCGAAAGAAUAGGUCCAAAAGAAGAGUUUAAUAAAAGAAUCGAAGACAAUAUAAUUUCAAUAUUUGGCGGGGGUAGGCCUUUAUCAACUCUUCUUCUCGGUAUUGAUGAUAUGAAAAGCAGAACACUCAAUGAAAAUAUUAGUUUAGAAGGUUCUCUAACUUUAAAAGGAUUCCUUAAUUUAGAAUUAUUGGAUAUCAGUAACAAAAAAAUUACUACAUUAGACGUAUCUGAUUGUCCUCAACUCCGUGAAUUGGAUUGUUCUAAUAAUCAACUCACCAAUUUGACCAUAUCUGGUUCAAAUAAAAUUGAAAAAAUUCUUUGUGGUAAUAACAGAUUAUCAAAUUUAGAUUUCUUAAAAAGUCAAAAUCCUGCCAAAUUAAUUACCCUUCGCAUGGACAACAACAAUUUUCCUACUCAAAAUUUGAAGUGUUUUACUCCUUUUAUUAACUUACGUAUAUUAUGCAUAAGUAACAAUCCUUUUACUGGUUCUUUAAAACCAUUAAGAAAUUUAUCUAGUUUAAAGGAAAUAAAUAUCGCUGAUACCAACAUUGAUGGUGGUUUAGAGUAUUUACCUGAUGAAUUUUUUAACGUCAAUGCCGUUGCUUCUGGCUUUAAUUUUGGAAGAGGUCACUUUAAUAGAAGACUUUUUUGUACUGGAAACUUAGCUAAGCAAUUAAGCGAUUACAAAAUCGAAGAUGACUCCUAUAGAAAUUAUGACUGGCAAGCCUGGAAGUUAGAUAAUCAAGAAUUAAUUAAAAAAGCUAGAGAAGAGAUCGAAGUUAACGAACUUAACGAAGAAUCAAUUAAGUUGCAAGAAUGGGAAUCAAUAUCCAAAGAAAUUAAAGAGUUAUAUGAACAACUCCGAUGUAAUAUUUAUCUAAAAACUCAUAUCUGAAUAAACAAACCUAAGUCAUUUUUCAAGAACUUGAGUAUUAUUUCUUGGAUUCGAAACGAAAUUAAGCUUGAAUUUUAUUUUCAGAUUUAUUUUCGUUUAGAAAUUAGGAGUUAGGGUUGUAAGUUUAAUGUUUUAUUUGAUUUUAUCAUUAUAUUUUUCUUUUAUAUUGAAGAAAAGUAGCUUUUCAAAGUCAAAUUUCAAUUUUAAAAUUUAAAAAAGCACAAAAUAUUAUGGUUUAAAAAAUUCUUUCCUAAAACCGUUUUAAACU